GAUACGAUGUGCGAGUGUGAAACUCGACCCUGAUGAGAGUACAUGGGAAUAGUGGACACACUGUACUGUCACUGUAACACACUUCAGGCCCGGCUUGGUAUUCAACACUGACCAGGAAUGACUGGCUGGUAAUGCUGACCGUCCACUGUGGAAGCUCCAGUUCCGCCGUGCCUUUGUGAGUACUGACCGCCCGAGACUCACCACCAUGGCCUCAGCGGUAAUGUUUCCCCGCUGCACAUCUGUCCGGAUCUCCGCUGUGGCCACUGCCGUCCUCUUCCUGAUGUCGAUGACCACUGUGCAGGCAUCCCAAGGCGACAAGGAGCCGGUUUACCGGGACUGUGUGAAGCAAUGCGUACGGAGCAACUGCACCGGAGCUCGGCUGCGGGGCUUCCAGUCUAGCCAGCCGCAGUACAUGGCGCUGACAGGUUGGACAUGUCGCGAUGACUGUCGCUAUCAGUGCAUGUGGACCACGGUGGGUCUUUACCAGGCCGAAGGCUACAGUAUCCCACAGUUCCAUGGCAAGUGGCCGUUUGCGCGCUUCCUGUGUUUUGAGGAGCCAGCCUCGGCCCUGGCCUCCCUGCUGAACGGCCUGGCAUGCCUUCUCAUGCUGCUGCGCUAUCGGAGCACGGUGCCACGCCAGAGCCCCAUGUACCACACCAUCAACGCCUUCUCUCUGGUUUCUCUUAAUGCCUGGUUCUGGUCCACUGUUUUUCACACCCGGGACACCUAUCUCACUGAGAAAAUGGACUACUUCUGUGCAACAGCGGUCAUUCUUUACUCAAUCUACCUAUGCUGCGUCAGAACGUUGGGUCUGAAGCAACCGGGGGUGUCCAGCAUGGUGGGAGUCCUGCUCAUCUUGGCCUUUACCUCUCAUGUGUCCUACUUGACAUUUGUCAGUUUCGACUACGGCUACAACAUGGCUGCAAACACAUCCAUCGGCAUGGUGAACCUGCUGUGGUGGCUGUGUUGGUGCUGGCAGAACCGGCGGACACUGCCCUACUGGUGGAAGUGCGGACUGGUGGUGCUGAUGCUUCAUGGUCUGGCACUGCUGGAGCUGCUCGACUUCCCCCCAAUGCUCUGGAUCCUGGACGCUCACGCUGUGUGGCACCUCAGCACCAUACCAGUGCACUUCCUUUUCUACAGUUUCCUGAUAGACGACAGCCUCUAUCUUCUAAACACGGAGAAGAUGGGCGUCAAAGUGGAGUAGGAGGACCUUGUCACUUCUUCACCCCGGCAACACCCUCACACCCUUCCGAUCAGAGCAGCCGGAUGCCCGAACACGGAAGUAUCUCCGCCUCACGGACGACUUGCAUGACACCAAUUCCAUCAGAGUAGACUAUGUUUACAUGUUUUUAAUUCAUUUUUAAAAUAAUUUAUUUGGGCGACACUUUCUCUAUUGUUGAUAUCACGAUUGAUGUUCGCUCUACUCUGCUUUGACUUGCUCCACGACUUUUUUUCCUGUUUAUCAUCAAUGCAAAACAGGAUAAGGAAAACCACAGCAGACCCAGUUUUUGAUGUUGUCAUCAAAUAUUUUUGAUGCAUAUCCUGUUUUUCCGACUUUCCGAAGUUGAUCCCCUGAACCCAUGAUAUCAAUGUCCCUCUCGCUGAGAUCCGCACUAUUGGCAGUUUGCUGUGGCUGACAAUAGAUGGCACCAGAUCCCCUGCCAUGCCAUCUCUGUGUUUGCUUCGGCAUGUGUGUGUUUGGUUCAGCAUGUGUCAGGUUCCAUCUGAGCCAAAAGUGGACUGGCGGACACAGAGACGACAGCCCCUUGUGAAGUGGGCAGGUGGGGUCUGCCAGCGGAUUGUUCUAGAGAGAGAGAGACAACAUGGGGGGGGGGUUAUGUUUGAAGGCCAUUCUAGCUGACUGUGUUUUUUCAUCAUCACACCUUUUAUUUGUGUGCCUGCAUUGUUUCCACUGCUGCUUGUGUUUCUCAUAUUCUUCAUUAUCAUUUCUAUUUCCAGUUUCAUCAGCCACCUUAGUAGUUUUAAGACUAUGUUGUGACCAAUUUGUUUGCUCUAUUCUGUUGAAUGACUUGAUUUUUUGUUUUGGGGUGGGAUAUGCCUGAUGACCAUCAAAUGAAAAUAUUGUUUUAAUUCACCUGGAUUGCCUUUUAGUGUGAGGAGAAGGAGAAAAAGAUUGAGGUACGGAAAAUAAUCUGCGACAGGAAGCUGGGACCUAUUUAUUUCCAUCAAGAGUUUGAAUAAAUUCUGGGGUUAUGUGGUGUGUGAGUGAGUGUGUAGAUGUAGCCCAUUAUUUGAAUUUGCAUUUCUUGCUGUAAUAUUCCACAAAAUGACACACACACUGCCAGCUGCUGUACAGAUAAUUGCCCCAUCAUGUAAAAUACUCCCUCCAUGCCUGCCUUACAUACCUUAUGAUAUUUGUCCAUGAGCACGUUUCUUCUUUCUUAUCAACUAUUUCAUUUCCACUACACACCAAAACUCUUGAAUUCAUACCAUGUAUGUCUUCACCCCUCAGAGUCUCCCUUCCAUAUGAGCACUUUACGAGUGUGUGAACAUUUACGUGCAUUUUAUUGUUUGAAAUUCUGCCCAUGCCUUUUGUAUUUCUGUGAGAGAACAAUGACUGUGUGUACACGUUGCCUUGACUCAACAUCAUGUUGUUUUUGCCAUUGUAAAGUGAAUGUGUGUGUGUGUGUGUGUGUGUGUGUGUGUGUGUGUGUGUGUGUGUGUGUGUGUGUGUGUGUGUGUGUGUGUGUGUGUGUGUGUGUGUGUGUGUGUGUGUGUGUGUGUGUGUGUGUGUGUGUGUGUGUGUGUGUGUGUGUGUGUGUGUGUGUGUGUGUGUGUGUGUGUGUGUGUGUGUGUGUGAGAGGGAGCUAGAUUGUGCUCGAUCCUUUUGUAAAACUACUGAUGUAGGAGCAUGUGUGUGUGUGAAUGCGUGUGAGACGAUGGGUAAAUUUAGCUUUGCUGACAGCCUGUGAUGGGGGUGGGGGGGAGAAAGAAAGAAAGACAGGGAGAGGUUGUUGUAGGUUUGGGUGGCGUAAAGAUUCCUGAAAUGAUGGCAGAGAUGCUGGCCUUAUGAGAUAAGAAGCAUUAUAUAGUACAUAUUUUUAUCAGACAAAACUGUUCAUAUUUUCCGAUGUUAAUAAACCACUGACAUUCAUAACAUUGUGACUGGGGCCAAAUGAUGACGUAUAAUGAAAAAGCUGUGGGAAAAAACACACCUAAUUCAAAAUCUGUUUAUAACUUGAACAUUUCCUGGGGGAAAAAUGUAAAACAAAAUCAUAUUUCUGCUCUGUAAAUCAUGUAAUUGUUCAUUUCUUCACCAAUACCCACAUCCCUCUUCUUCCUUCACUCAUCUGCUGCCCUCUGCCUGCUGCCCUACGCACAUCACCACUUCAGUGCACUUUCCUCCACCUCACAUCUGAUAUUUGACCAAAAAAUCCGAAUGAAAUGGAACAAAUAAAAGUGUUCUUUGUUGAUGAGCA